GUACAAUUUCGUCCCCAAAGAUAACAAUCCGCGGAAGUCCUGAUGAAGGAUUGUUGUGCACGCAAUAUCUCACGGCUGUCAUUGUUUGAUUGACAUUUUUCCUCGAGAAAAUUGGUAAAAUCUCUCGAUCAUUAUGUCAACCAAGAUCGCAGUACGAAAGACGGGAUCCGGCAAUUUUGAAUAUCGUGGUGAUUCGAAAUUCCCACCGGGUGUGUAUACGAUCCAUCCACCAUCAGUAUGCGAUCAUAUGCUCGAUGAGAAACCGAUUCAUUUAAGAAGAAGUAAUGCGUACGAAGGAAAAGAGGUUGGAAAGAUAAGGGAAAAAACCGGUACGAGAAAAUAUCUGAUUCCUUCAAAAGUGCCUACGAUUUAUCCGAAAAUCAUGACCAAGAAGGAGUAUGAGGAUCUGAAGGAACGUAGUCGUGUGAUCACAAAGGAAGAAAGAUUAGCGGCCGCGGAAGUUGUAGAAAAGGAGAAAGAAAGAUUGACGAAGGAAAGCAUCAAGCGCAAAGAAACGAUCCGCAGGAUGGACAUGAAGAAGGAUCGUGAGAAAGAUCCGAGAACAAGGGAAAUCGAGGAAGAAGCGAGAAGACGAACAAUGCACAUCCUCGAGCGUGCAUACAACAUGCGUAUGGAGCAAGAGGAAGAGAUACAGAAGUGUAAUCGGCUUAUCCUAGAAAGCAAAUGCCGAGCUAUUCGCGAUGCUCAAAUUGCGGAAAGAAAGUUGAUAGAACGAGAGCUUCGCGAGGAAGAGAAACGACUGAACGAUAUGAUGGAAAAUGAGAGGAGAUGGGCGAUCAAGGAAGAAUUGCAAAAAGAGCAGGAGGAGACAGCCAAGAGGCUGCAAUUUGCAAAAAUUCUAAAAGAGCAAAUUGUGGAAAACGAAGAGCAACGAAUUCUCGAGUUUGAGAAGAAACAGGAGGAAAGCCGGCUCAUCAAUUUAAAUAAUAUCGCAUGGCAACAAGACGAGAUCGUGAAGCUGCGCGACAAAGAAGCCGAGAACAUUAAAGUGCGACAAGAACUUGCGGAGGGAAACGAACAAUUGAAACAUUUUAAGGCUAUGGAACAAGAGGAAAAUAAAAUUAUAGAUCUAAGAAUACAAAACUAUUAUCGACUAAAAGAAGAACGAGAGGCUAAAAAGGUGGAGGAGCAGAGAUUGGAAAAAUUAAAAAAGGAACGAGAGAAAGCCAGAGUAGCGACGCAAACGAUGCAAGCGUACGAAUUUCAGGCGCAAAUUGACGAAAUUAACGCGGCUCGAGUGCAGGAAGAAGUAGAACGGGAAUGGAGACAAAGGGAGAAAGAAGAAGCGUUGAAGAAACUGGAAGCUCAAAGAAUUCUUCAGAGAGAUAGAAAGGAACAAAUAAAUAAUAAGAGAGUAAUGCAAGCUAUCGAAAUCGAGCGAGAUAGGCGGGAAUUUGAAAAGAUUGUACACGUGCAACGAGCAGCUUUUUGCAAAGAAAAGAAGGAACUCGAACAAAAACAACAACAGAUUUUAAUCCAUCGCAACGAAAUAUUAAAGCAGGUAAAUGAAAAGGAACGAGAACGUAUCGCUGAACGACAACAGAUGUUUGCAGAAGGUCUAACGAUCCGCGCAGAAACUGCGAUGCGCAAGAAGAAAUUGCAAGAUGCAAUGGAACGAAAAUGUCAAGAAAUGAGGGAGAACAAAGUACCAGAUAUUUACAUUAAUGAAGUAAAACGAAUGAUCAAAAAUAUUUAAUGAAUUAUUCCAUCCAUGAAUUAUAUUCCAUCAAAUUUAUGAAAAAAAUAUGAAGACUUCUAAGCCUUCUAAGUUUUAAAGAUGGCAAAAAUCACAUAUCUUUUUGAUUUUAUUAUACAUAUAUAUGCAUAUAUACAAAAUUAUGUAUAAGUAUUACAUUAUACAAGAAACAUAGAUAAUAUUAAAAUAAAAAAAUCCUUAUCGAGAAAAUGAUAGAUUUAUACUAAUAUAAAAUUAUUUAUAUGAAUAUAUAUAUAUAGUGUCAAAGUAAUUAAUAUACUUUUUUUAA